CUGAUAACAUAUAGUAUACUGUACAUGUAGGGAGAUUCACGUCAUCCUGUCAGGCAAAUAUACACUUUCUCUCUCUUUCUUUCUCCCUAUUGUGUAUUUUGCCUCUCAGUUUGUUUAGAGCUGUAUAAAUACAUAAAACACUGAUGAGACACAGAUACAGUGGUUAGUCACAGCAUAUUCUGUACAGCACUGUGAAUGUUAAGGGUUGUGUGUCAAGAUGAAGAGGCUUCUCAAGAUGAAAAUUCCUUCUACACCUCCUUUUUGCUGAAACUCAUUUUAGACACUAGAGGAGCCAAGACAGCAGAUAGUCUUUAUUGAUUAUAGUACUGUAAGUGGGAGUGGAUGGUUAUUUUUUCUUUUGUGCCUUGAUUUAGAUUUUCUUUUUAAUUCUGUGUGUUUUCUAAAGGACCCACAUAUUAGUCUACAGACAACUGCCAGAUGGGUCUUCCCAAAGCAGAUGGGUCUUCCCAAGAGACAUGCCACAGAAAACUCUUCCUCUCUUUCCUUACUGCCCUACUUAUUGACAUCAAUGGAUGGGCAAAAAUAAAAUCACUAAUGACUUUAUGAUAAAGAUACAAAUGGUAUCAAAAGCAGAUCUAUCUUAGUGUAGUGUUGAUGUUUGUACUGCAGACUACUGUCAUUAACCCAGAUUCAGUGGUCGUGGUGAACCCUUGUGGAAAAUGGCCCAGUCAUCCCGGAUGUCUGCACCAGGGACUCUCUGAGGGGACUGGGAUGAUAACCAGAGAGCAAGCUGGACAAGGGUCGGAUGCAGAGGAACCACAGCUACAGACGAGAGAGGAGGGGAGAUACUUUGCCCUCUGAGGAGCAAAGGCACAUCGGGAGUGGAUGAGUACCCAUUGAACAUUCUUCAUUUUUUCCUAAAGAGCUUUUUACUUAAUAGCUCAGGUUAUCGUUGUGGAAUUUCUUUCUGUUAUACAAGGAGUUUGACAGAGAAAGACAUUAAGUACAGUUCAAAGAGGAAAAAAAUUGGUAUUUGGAUACCAAUAUACCACAGAAGGAGUGGAUGUUGGUUGAUAUAAUUUAUUUGUUUUGGGGGGGGAAUCUCUCAGAUAUAAACGACUUAGAUCUUGUAAAGGACUCAAUGGCAGCUUACAAUAAGACAGGCUGGAUGGGAGAGUCGGGUGCCAACCUCACUGCCAUGAUGCCAGGUGUGAGACUCAUACUAACCCCUGUUGUAUACACUUUCAUGACACCAGAAAUGAUGGGAUGGGUCCUGAGUGUGGCCUCUCUCCUCAUCAUCUCCACCAACCUACUGGUGGUGGCUGCUCUCUUUCAGCUGAUGCGCAGGAAGGGCAGUCAGAGCUGGUUCUUCGUGCUCAACCUGGCCCUGGCAGAUAUCCUGGUGGGCCUGGCUAUCACUGGCAUUGUCACAGACGUGUUUCAAAAUUACAAUACUGUGAACAAUGGAACUAUUCCAAUUACUCAACCGCUACUCCUGAUGCACUCCACACAGAAGACCAAGUGUUUACUCCGCAUGGCCUUCAUCAUCUCCCCCUCAACUGCGUCCAUCUUGUCCAUGUUCCUGAUCUCUCUGGACCGCUACGUGGCCAUCAAGCUGCCACUGCGCUACUCCCAGCUCACUGGGAGGUGGACCGUGACUGGGGCCCUGGUAGCGCUCUGGAUGGUAUCCCUCACCGUUGGCUUCCUACCAGGUGGAACAACUAACCUCAAUUAUCUUAUUUCAGAGGGGACACAUGUCCCUAACAACAGGGUUACAUUUCAAUUCAGGGGGUUAAGCAUGGCAUGGCAGCUCCAGCAAGGAGACUUUGAAAGCAGCAGCCUUUGCACCUUCUUCUCUGUCAUCCGUCCCAAGGGCAUCAUUGUGGUGUUCUGUGCCGUCUUCUUCCCCGUCCUCUCUGUCUUCACCUACUUCUACCUGGACAUUCUGAAGAUAGCUUGCGGCCAUCAGAGGCAGAUCCGCCAGGCCCGUCAGGCCGGCUCCAGGCUGCCCCAGCGCAGCCGCUACUGGGGCCACGUCAAGGCCCUGAGGACCGUGGCUUUGCUGGUGGGCUGUUUCACCCUCUGCUGGUGCCCAUUUUUUGUGGUGUGUGCAGUGCAGGUGCUGUGUGAGGCCUGUGAGUUGUACAAGGUGCUGGAGAAUGACCUGUGGCUGCUGGGGCUGUCUAACUCCCUCAUCAACCCUCUGGUGUACGCCUGCUGGCAGAGGGAGGUGCGGCUGCAGAUCGGGGCCCUCUUCUGCUGUGUUAAGGACAGGGUCAGGAACACAGCCGUGUUAGAGGCUAGUGAGAGAUGUCAGACAGAGCUGCGUAUACCCACUCAUACUGUUAUAUCUGUGGACGAUGCCAUGAGCCUGGACCCCACCUUUCCCACGGUCACCAGUGAAGAGGGCCACACUGUACCGUUUUCUGCCUCAACCCCCUUGUGAAUGACUUAGACAUUUUGAGAACAUCUCAUUGAGGUUGAUCGAACCAAUUUGGAAAAUGCUUAAUGUGGCAGCAUAGAGCUUUGUCCAUUUCUGGCAGAAACAGUUCACGUCACGUCUAGCGACAGCAACUAACUGACAAAAUCAAUCAAAUGGGGAAAAAAUAACAGAGUGAGAUAAUGGAUGUGGAGACAUCAUGGAACCUGAACCAUGGAACAGAUGGGCUUAUUUGCUUUUUUUGCUCUGUUUCCUCCACUAACCUAAUUGAUAUUAUCUCUGCCAAGUAUGCACUUUGUCCCUCUCUGCAUUCUCAUCAACCUCACUGUCUGUGUGUGUCUGAGAGGUGUGUAGGUGUUUUGAAGGGGAACAGCUUUUGUGUGUACAAAUGGUUGUUCCCUGAUCAGUCAGGGAUUAUAUAUAAAAAAAAAUUGACUAAGUAUUUAAUUUCUUGGGAAAGUAGUGUGUAUUACUACCUCCACUAGGGAGGUACAUGGGAAAUGUGUUUUAUUGCCAAUACUUCCUACAAAGGAUUAACUCAUAAUGUCAAUGUAGACUUGCUUUAUAAUUUUCUCAUAAAUUACCAUAGUGGAAAUAUAUGAUAAAACCUUGAUAUGAGGUAGGUAGAAUAUUAUUGUUUGAGUGGUUGCUAUUCAAAAUAAAUGAUAGAAUGCUUGGAUGAUUGAUUAUUCAUUCAUGAGCACUUCCUUGUCAUAUAAACACUUAUUUUUAGGAUAAAUAAGUCCACAUUUUACAACUAGCCAAUAAAAUUACACUUUGUGAUAUGAGGAAUGAUGGUGCUAUAAAAGUAGAUUUCAUAUAGAAAAGAGAUAAUAAAAGUCAGGGUUUAGGCCAAUGCAGUGGCAUUGAAGAGAGCAUUUGCUUAAUCACAAAAUACCAUUGGAAUUGAAUAUUGAAAUGCAGUUGUUCUGUGGGACUUGUUUGUACGAUUUUUAUAAUAAAAGUUGUUCAA